GACACGCGUCCUCGAGUUCAGAAUGCAGAAGGAGCAGAGAGCUUUGACCGUUCCCUCCACCCAAGAGAGGGUCAUCGCCAUCGCCAAGGAUUGGCUUGCUGGUGGUACUGCAGCUGGUAUCUCGAAGACCGUCGUUGCUCCCAUCGAGCGUGUCAAGCUCCUCAUCCAGACUCAGGAUGCCAACCCCAAGAUUGCGAGUGGAGAGGUCCCUCGCUACACUGGCAUCGUGAACUGCUUUGUGCGCGUCUCGAACGAGCAGGGUGUCAACUCCCUCUGGCGUGGAAACCUUGCCAACGUUAUCCGUUAUUUCCCCACCCAGGCCUUCAACUUUGCAUUCAAGGAUUUCUUCAAGUCAAUCUUCCCCAAGUACAAUCAGAAGACUCAGUUUUGGCCCUGGUUCGGAGUUAACAUGGCUUCUGGUGGUCUUGCCGGAGCUGCCUCCCUCCUCAUUGUUUAUCCUCUUGAUUUUGCUCGUACCCGUCUUGGUGCUGACGUUGGCAAGGGUGCUAACCGUGAGUUCAACGGCCUCGUUGACUGUGUUAUGAAGACCGCCAACCGUGGAGGUGUGAUGUCACUCUACCAGGGAUUCGGAAUCUCCGUUGCUGGAAUCAUCGUGUAUCGUGGUGCCUACUUCGGUUUCUAUGACAGCGCUGUUGGUGUAUUCAAGCCCAACAACGUUCUCAUGAAGUUCCUCAUCGCUCAAGCUGUUGUUGCCUCCUCUGGCAUUGCUUCCUACCCCUUCGAUACUGUUCGCCGUCGUCUCAUGAUGCAGUCUGGCGCCAAGGAGAGGCUUUACAACGGAACUAUUGAUUGCUUUGUCAAGAUCUUCCAGAAGGAGGGUUUUAACGCCUUCUUCAAGGGAGCCGGAGCUAACGUUUUGCGUGGCAUGGGUGGUGCUUUGGUGUUGGUUGGUUAUGACAAGAUCAAGGAGUUUAUCAACCCGGAUGCCAAGGGAGGCUCGUCCAGCGAGUAAGCUGAUAUCUGCAAAUAACUUUUGUUUGUGAGUAUGCAAAGCUUGGCAAACAGUUCGAAACGUUCUUGACAUAAUUUCUUGCAUUAAUCAUUACAGUUUUUUUAUUGGUUUG